AUGAUAACCGCGGCAAGUGAUCAGUGCUUUAUUAGCUGGCAUACUGACCCAAGCCAAUUUGCUGUUUUCGAUAAUGACGGUGAUGAUGAUGCUGCUGCUGAGGGGGGCACCCUUGCUUUGUGGUUUGGGGACUACAAAGUUCGGGUUUACAAGACCACUUCACAAAAAUUUUCCCUCCAAGGAGAUGAUUGUGCUGCCAAACACGUUCAAGUGGACACCGAAUUGAAUUUUGUGCGUACACCAACUGCACCUGUACAAAUGAAAAUGGAUUUUUAUG